AUGGUGUUAGCAGAUUUGGGUAAGCGCAUCAACAAUGCAGUCAACAGCGCUCUGUCGAACUCGCAGGACGAUUACACCACAACGGUGGACGUGAUGCUGAAGAAUAUUGUGACCGCUCUGCUGGAAAGUGACGUGAACAUCAAGCUGGUGUUCGCGCUCAGAAAUAACAUCCGUAAAACGCUUCUGGAGUCCAAGAGCCGAUCGGUCAACAGCGCUCAGACCAAAAAACUAAUACAGAAAACGGUGUUUGACGAGCUGUGCCACCUGGUGGACGGUGAAACGCAGCCUUACGUGCCCAAAAAACGCAAGCAGAACGUGGUCAUGUUUGUGGGGUUGCAGGGUUCCGGUAAGACCACGUCGUGCACGAAACUGGCGGUGUACUAUUCUAAACGAGGCUUCAAGACUGGUCUGGUAUGUGCAGACACGUUCCGUGCCGGUGCGUUCGACCAGCUCAAGCAAAACGCCAUCAAGGCGCGCAUCCCAUUCUACGGGUCGUACACGGAAACCAACCCAGUCAAAGUCGCCCAAGAAGGUGUGGCUAAGUUCAAGAAGGAGAAGUUUGAGGUCAUAAUCGUGGAUACUUCUGGUAGACAUCGUCAGGAAGAGGAGCUUUUUCAGGAAAUGGUGGAAAUCUCGCAGGUGGUGAAGCCCAACCAGACGAUCAUGGUGCUAGACGCCUCGAUCGGUCAGGCUGCAGAACAGCAAUCCAAGGCGUUUAAAGAUAGCUCUGAUUUUGGAGCCAUUAUCCUUACCAAGAUGGACGGCCACGCCAAAGGUGGUGGUGCUAUUUCCGCUGUGGCUGCCACCAAGACGCCCAUCAUCUUCAUCGGUACUGGUGAGCACGUUCACGACUUUGAAAAGUUCUCACCAAAGUCGUUUGUGUCAAAACUGCUGGGCAUCGGCGAUAUCGAGAGCUUGCUUGAACACUUUCAAACAGUUUCUAACAAAGAAGACACGAAGGCCACCAUGGAGAACAUUCAGCAAGGUAAAUUCACGCUUUUGGAUUUUCAGAAACAAAUGCAAACGAUCAUGAAGAUGGGUCCGCUCUCAAACAUAGCCAACAUGAUACCUGGCAUGGGCAACAUGCUGAAUCAGGUAAGCGAGGAGGAGACCACGAAACGUAUGAAAAAGAUGGUUUUUGUGAUGGACUCUAUGACGAAACAAGAGUUAGAAUCAGACGGCCGCAUAUUCAUAGACCAACCCGGUCGUAUCGUUCGUGUUGCGAGAGGGUCCGGUACUUCCGCGCUUGAGGUCGAAAUGAUCUUAAUGCAGCAGCAAAUGAUGGCCCGUAUGGCUCAAUCCACCAAGGGUGGCCAGCGAGGUCCUGGUGGUAUGCCAGGAAUGCCAGGAAUGCCCGGAAUGCCUCAAAUGCCCGGAAUGCCGCAAAUUUCGCCUUCUAUGAUGCAGCAAGCGCAGCAGAAAUUAAGACAAAAUCCGGGAAUGAUGAAAAACAUGAUGAAUAUGUUCAACGGUGCUGGUGGUUCCGGCGGUGGCAUGCCCAACAUGGAUGAAAUGAUGAAAAUGAUGCAAGAUCCGCAAAUGCAGCAGAUGGCCCAACAAUUCGGCAUGGGAAUGUAG